AUGAUGGCGUUGAUGUCUCUUGCAACUGCCCUUGACCAACUUUCUACCUUCCGUACAAACAACUCUCGGUCGUCUCAGGAGACUUUCAAGCAUGCCUCUGUGAUAAUAAAGUCGUCUCAAAAGAUUGGUGACGAUGGUUGGGCCGUGCUCGAGCAAUUAUUUCUUGCCGCAGUCGACAUCGGUCGUUUAGACGUUGCGGACGAAUGCUUGAAGCAGCUCUCCACGCAAUUCCCGGAUUCGCCACGCGUCGAGGUCUUAACGGGAAUCCGGAUGGAGGCAACAGAAUCCCCCGAUGUAGUUCUUCAAUACUAUAACGGCCUACUGGAAGCAGACUCCGCUAAUGCUGCGGUAUGGAAACGCAAGAUUUCGGUUCUUCGCAGAACUGGGAAAGUAGAAAAGGCUGUGGAGGAGUUAUCUCAACUACUUGACACCAUCUACACGGAUGUCGACGGGUGGCUGGAGUUAGCCGACUUAUACGCUUCAUGCAACCAAUACACCCAAGCUCUCCAGGCUCUCUCGCAUGUGCUUCUGCUGGCCUCUCAAAACCCAUUCUAUUUCCAGCAAUACGCGGAGACGGCCUAUACUGCUGGAGAUCUUCCCCUCGCCCUGAAAUAUCACCUCAUCGUCGUCGACAUGUGCGAGCGCGACCUGGACGAUAUCAAAACCACGCCACCUACUGGUCUCGCUGUUCGAGCGUGGAUGGGUGUCAAAUUGUGUGCUCGUCGAAUAAUUCUUCAUUCGCCACCCUCUGCUUCAGGCACAGCGAUUCCAAAGUCCAUCAACGUGAUCGAACAGCUUGCGACCGAGAGAGUACUAGCAGCCUAUUCGAGCAGCAAACGCGACAAGUCAGCGAUGAACAGGGAGGUGGUGGUCAGCUGGGUCGGUGCCAGGUAA